UCGAUCACCAUGAGGACCACCCCCCACUCUCUCAUCCUCUCCGUCCUCCUCCUCCUCCACCAUCUCCCCACCAUCCGCCCCCAGUGCCACCGCGCUGUUGGCAAAUCCUGCCACGUCCCCCCUGUCCCCGGCACCGACAUUUUGGGUUCAGGUCUGGAUGUCACCACCAUGUCCCUCACCGAGGGCCAAGUGUUGGCCAUCACCAAACCCACCAGCAGGCGCUGCACUGUCUGCGUGGACCAUCUCCACAGGGGGCGGUCCCUCCUCCUCUACACUGGCGUUGGCAAGUGGCGAGCGGGGAGUAAGUGCCAGCGCAGGUCCUCGGUAGCUGCUGGCAGCCAAUCCAUGAGGAAGCUGGUGGCCCAGACAGAGGAGAUGGCGCAGAAUUGGAGAGUGGGGCUGAAGGCGGCCCUCAGCCCAGGGGCGGGGGUCACCCUGGCCAUGGCUGGGUCCCACUCACAGGUGGCGGAGUUUGGGAUGCAGAAGGAACGGGAGGACCGCUACUCAUUCGCCAGCACUGAGCUGCGCUGCGUGCACUACUGG